CCUCGGCGUGAUGUACUCCCUGGUUCCAGUGACGGUUUUGUUGAUAGGUGUGUGUACGUGUGUAGAGUACAAACGGACAUGCUACAUAACAAACUGGAGUCAGUAUCGUACUGGGACGCACAAGUUUACCGCCGCCAACAUCAGCGACCCGACGCUAUGCACUCACUACAUCUUUGCCUUUUCAAAAGUAAUUCCAGAAGAGGACACCAUCGCACCAUACGAGUGGAACGACGACAUACCGGGAGGAAACUAUGAGCAGCUGACUUCUCUGAAGACCGUAAACCCUCAACUGAAGAUCAUGUUGGCAGUAGGAGGUUGGACACACGGUUCUAUGCCGUUUGUCGAACUUGUCAGCAACGACACCAAAGUCUACAACUUCAGUGCCAACGUCGUCAAGUAUUUGAGAGAUCGUAACUUUGACGGCCUUGACCUUGACUGGGAGUAUCCAGCGCACAGGGGCAGUAACGACUCGGACAGAGAGAGGUUCACGUUCCUGGCAGAGACACUGAUGCAGAAGUUUGAGGAACAGGCAGUGGCAUCCGGCAAACCCCGCCUGCUGUUGUCGACAGCAAUGCCCGCCAUACCGUCCAAAAUGGAGAAAGCCUACGAAGUCGCGAAAGUGUUUAGGACCAUGGACUUCAUCAACCUGAUGGCUUACGACUUUGACGUGAGCAGACAGGGCUUGUACUACGCAGCGCCUCUGUACAAACGACCCGAAGACGCGCCCCCCGCGGACCAGCUGAACGUCAACAUGACCGUGCAGUUUCUACUCCAAACCGGUGUAGCAUCAGAGAAGAUUGUAUUGGGAGUACCUAUGUUUUCUCGUGAGUACACCUUCGACGAUGGGAGCAACUUUACCUACGGUGACUCGAUCAAAGUCAACAGCACUAUCACCGAACUGUACCACCCAGAGGUGUGUGAACGACUACGUCAAGGGUGGAGGAAAGUGUGGGACAACAUCUCCAUGACGGCCUCUAUGCACAGCGACAACCUCUGGGUGAACUACGAGAACUUCAGAACAGUGGAUACUAAGAUCAACUACAUUAAAGACAACGGCCUGGCCGGCUACAUGGUGUGGGAACUUGGCCAGGAGGACUUUGGGGGGAUCUCGUGUUUCGGGGUAAAGAACCCCCUUCUCAAUAGGCUCAGACACAUGCUGACAUCAGCGAGAGAGUUCUGUCCCUUGGGUGAAGACUACAACCAUGUGACCCGGGGCUGUGAGAAAUGUCGUCUGAACUACUUCCGGUCGGAUUCCGAACAACUGUAUUGCUACAAGUGUGCCCCGGGAACGGUAACUGUUGGGGUCGGCAGCACCUCCUGUGUCCCUAGUCCUGAUGGAUUAGAGGUGGAUAUGCAGCUGGCGACGUUUACCGUAACAACUCGUUUCAAGGUUGAAUCAUGUCAGAAUAAAGCUGCAAUAACCACAACAGUGGAGAACCACUUGAAGGAUGCGAUACAAUCAGUGGACAGGUCAUGGCACGGGGUCUGUGACCGGGACUGCCAGAGCGUGACUUCGUCAUUACGAGACGGAUGUGAGGACACAGGGGCGGCAGACAUGAGAGGGGGAGUCUUGAUCUUCGACACCACCAUUCCACGUGUCCCACAAGACAUAUCACGCGUGCUGGGCCUACAAACGACGACGAUGGCGACUGACAGGUUGGUCGUAGAUGGACUAUAUGAAAGUUCUGGGAGUUCUGCCCUCAUUGCCCAUGGCGUUGUGUUUGACGGUGUGACAACCGUGACCUCCCAGACAGUGUGUUCACAACAAGGACACGUCUACUUGAACGGUGCAUGUGAGCCGUGCAAACGAGGUGCAUACUUGGACAAGUACAGCGGUUCCUGCCUCCCCUGCCCUGUGGGUACAUACCAGAACGAGGCUGGACAGAAUUCUUGCAUGGCCUGCUCAGUUCCACUGACAACACGCCGUAACGGCGCUGAUUCCGACGCUAGAUGCAUAUCUCCAUGUGACGCAGACAACAACUACUGUGGCGGUAACGGCGAAUGCCAAUGGGACCGUGACUUACGCAAAGUCUACUGCCGAAGUGUGGAAGUACCGAAGUACCAAACAAAUGAUGCCCAAGCUCCAGACUAUCGACUGGUUAUAGGUGGCGCCGUGGGUGGCUCCCUUGCUUUGCUUGUGUUUUUCUUGCUGGUCAUCAGUUGUGUUGCAUACUGCAGCUGGCAGCGUCAGAAGGAGGUGUACAAGUACCGGGCUGAUGGACGGCAGACCGGGAUCACCUUCCAGGACUACCUCGAUUACAAACUCUGGAUAUCUACUGAUAGCAGCUCGAGCUGAUGACGUCAUCGUAUAUGUUGAAUACAGGGGAUAUACUUGACCUUGUCCCCUGUGACAGCGGGAAAUAUACUAAAACAAGGACCUUGAAUGAGAAAUGAUUACAAUGAAUAUAUAUUAUCUUUGUUUUACGUUGACUUCGGACACCAAAAGGAACGUUCUCAAGUCAAACUCCGCAACACUUUAUGUCAAAUGUCACUGUAAUGAGAAACGGACACUACUGUUCACAUUGACUAUGACACUGUUUCGUUUGUUUCUAAUUGUUUGUGAAGUGGUCUAGGUGUACUUUAGAGUAAAGGAUCAUGAUUUCAUUGUAGUUGACACGUGGAGAACCAAAUACUCAAACGUGAAAUUACUCAGAAAAAUGAUAUGAGAAAUGUGCAAGAAUGAAGCAUACAACUUUAUGGAUGACAACAGCUUGUUUAUUGCAUCGAGCGAUGCUUUUGAUGUAGAUUCUUACACUGUGAGUACAACCAAGUGAUGAGAUGUAUACAUACAUAGUAUGAUAUAACAAACAGCAGAUUAACAUUGACAACAGCGUGUAAUGGAAUAACAAGUGGCACACAAUUGGAUGAGGCCAGUUAGGAAUCAAGAACUAAUAAAUCGCACAGGUGAUGAA